GAGGAACAAGCCAUCCGACAUGGGGAAGAGAAGUCAAAGACCGGCUAGGCAGCAGGAGAACAACACAGGCUGCAUGUGGGGCCUCAUCGGCAUGCUCUAUUUCAGACGCGACGCCAAGUUCCUGUUGGACAGGAAGCAAGGAAGCAGAAGACACACUUUCAGUGGGUUUGCAGGUAGGGGACACUCAAGAAAGAAAUCCAGGGACUUUGAAGAAAUAGAUGAAGAUGCGGAUAACGUAGAGGAAUGCAAUGCAAGGAAACAAACUGUAAAAAGACUCAUGGAGGACGAGCUGGGUAAAGUAAAACAGAUGAAAAAGAUUCCCAGCGAUGAGGUUCAAAGAAUAUUAGCUGACCUGGGACAUGAUGUCUGUCUGGAGAAAAGCUCAAUGCAGAGUAGCAAACAGAACAGAACCAAAAGUCACAAUGCAAGCAGAGCCAUGGCUUCUCCGUCUGGUUUGCUGGAUCCAAGUGGUUCCAAGUCCAUGAAACAGGAAGAAGAAAAUGAUCUUGAACUUUCUUUGGCAGAUUUUGUGGGAGAACUCCAUAGGUACCACGAUGAAUGGCCACAUGAUGAUUGCAAAAGUAAGAGUGAACUGUGUCCAGAACUUAAGACCCUCAUCCAUACAAAGCUUAAUGAGUUGAAGAGUGCACCCUGUGAACUUGCUUAUGAGGAGGCUCCAGAUAGGGGGCAAAAGGAAACUUUUAAUGAAAAACAUCUUUGUGGCAGCAGACCAUAUCAAAAUAAACUCAUAGAUGAACCUGGGAUGCUAAGCCCAGAGAAGGAACUUUUCUUGAAGACACUUCAGAACCCAAGUCUGCAUGCUUUGGAGAAAGAGAGCACCCAAAGGAAUCAAAACAGACAGGUAGUGACCAAGUUAGAUCCAAGGAAAAUGGUUGAAAAAGGUGAAAAUACUAAGAAUUCGAAGCAGCAGGAGGUGGCUGUCAAAACACAUGGUAAAGAGGGCAGGCAUAUCUUUUUCUGGAGAAAAGAUAAAUCAGUUAUAAAGGGUACAUCAGAAGGAACCAAUAGUAGUAAGACAGUUAACAAAAUAGUUAUACUAAAGCCAAAUCCAAGAGGGAUUGAUACAGCUGUAGCUACAGCCUCUACAUGUUUGCAGCAGCAAUCUCCAAAAUACAGUGCAACAGAGAGUUCAAAAUUUUCAAUUAAGGAAGUCAGGAGGAGAUUCAAAAUUGUGACCAGUGGAACUAGAAGAGAAAGACCAUCAGUGUAUGAAGAUGAUUUGCAAAGAGAUUCACUUUGGAUCCAUGAUUCAGUUUUUACAGUCAGAAAGGAUUCUAAACAGGUACAUGAACGGACUUUAGCAUGGAAAGCUUCAGGUAUAGAUAAGGACGAUUUGAGACCUUCGACCAGUGGUAAACAAAAGCAAAGGAACGAUGAACUAGGUGAAAUUAACAGAGACAUAAUUACGUCUAAGUCCAUCUUCUAUGAAGAGGCGAAGAAACAUCUGACAGAUAUUCUAGAGUAUAAAAGUCAAAUAACCAAGCAUCCAACAGUUCAUACCUCAAAGUCCUUGAUAGGAAUGCUUUCCCUCCCUCAAUGCAAUGCAUCAUCACCUAGGAGUAGCCCCAGGGUAAAAGACUGCAUUGACCUUUCACCUGAAGAGACAAAUAUUUCUGCCAUUCACAAGGCUGGGAGGACAGAAUAUGCAAAAGAAACAGAUCAGUCUGACGAAGAUUCAGGGAGUGUUGCAUGUGGAGUGCUGGAUGGCAAGGCUAAUCAAGAUAGACACUCCAUGAAACAAGAAACUGAACAAGAUGGUGACAUUGUGCACAUUGAAGAAAUUGCCAAGCCAGCUUGCUCCGAAACAAUGUGUAGUGCAGAGACAAUCCUAAAAGAGCAGUGGAGAUGUAACUCACUGCCCGAAAUGGUUGAAGGAGUAGAACCUGAUAGAGAACAAGCAGGGAUGUUGCUGAGCUAUCCUGAGAAUGCGGUCGAUAGUCUAGAGCAACAAGAACCAAAAACUCCCAGAUCAAGUCCAUCACUUGAACUUAUAUCACAAAUUUCACCCGAAGGAAACCAUGAAAAGCAAGAGCAACCCAGUCCUGUAUCUGUUCUCGAUCCUUUCUUCCAUGAAGAUGUUGACAGUCCUGAUCAUGAAACUAUGAUAAAACGUAAGUUGCAUCAAGAUAUGACGAUGGCCCACACACCAGAUGUUAUAUCAGACCAAGGGGUUUUCUGGGAGGACGAGGAUGCCAGGAUAGGUUACAUAAAAGCAAUGCUGGAGCUAUCAGAACUAUACACAUGCCAAAACCUAGAGGUGUGGUAUCUAGAAGAUGAAUUGAUCAGCCCGUGCUUGGUUGAAGAACUACAUCAAGGCAAUCAAGCAGACGAUCUAAAGCUCCCUUUUGAUUGUACCUGUGAAGCUAUAACAGUAAUCCAGGAGACAUAUUUUAGAAACCCUCCUUGUUUAUCUUUUCUCAGGCACAAGAUACAGCCACCUCCAAUGGGAGAAAACCUCAUCCAAGAAAUAAAUAAGCAUAUCGAGAGACAUCUCCAUAAUCAAUUUCCGAGAACAUUGAACCAGCUAGUUAACAUAGAUCUGGAAGAUGGCACUUGGAUGAAUCUUCAAUUGGAAAGUGAAGAGAUUGUUGUUGAUACAUGGGAGUUCAUACUAGAUGAACUGUUGGAAGAGGUCGCUAAUGAUUUGUUGAUUUGAAGCUUAAAUUCCCUAGUUACUACUGCCAUUUUUCUCUGCUAUCUGUAGACUGGAUAUAGAAUGGAUAGUCAUGAUUCAUAAGUAGAAGUUAUAUUACUGACAGUAAGCUGUCUGCAUGGCAGAAUCAAGACUCAAGAGGACCAGUAGACCACACAAAUAUUGUGUGUUAGGACUGCUUUUUAGUUUGAUCAAUACAACUUGGGAGUUUAAGCACCACGGGAUCUUCCUGACACUGAAAGAUACCAGAGCAGCAUAAAUGCAUAAUGCCACAGAUUCAUCAUCCGUGCACAGCACAUUGACUUAACAGAUUUGGAAGGUGAUAGUUCUGCCGUGUACCUCUAUUGCAGCAGAAGCACAAUAUUAUGAAGCUGAGUACUAAACAAUUUCGUGUUGUUCUUCUAGCCCCUCGUGUGCAUUAUUGUUAUUUGUGUGUACCAGUGUACAGCUGUGUGUGAAUUUUCAGUAAAGCGUGAAUGUGUUUAUCACAUGUAUAUACAUAACUAAUCAAAGAAUAUAAUUUCUUUUCAGUUAUUUGGGAUGGAAUUUUGUUUUUCCUGGUUGAAUGACUGUAAUGCAAUGUUGACAUUUGAUGAAUGCAGGCAUGCAU